AACAAAACUCUCAUCAGUGGGAUCACCAUGGAGACGGAAGUGAUGAAAUCGUUUAAUAAUGAAUUGUCGUCACUAUUCGACUCGAAAAACAUGAGCAAGAACAAGAUUCAGGAUAUAACAAAGGCUGCGAUCAAAGCAAAAAGCCAAUAUAAGCAUGUGGUUUUUUCAGUUGAAAAACUUAUCAAUAAGUGCAAGCCAGAUCAACGUCUAAAUGUGCUCUAUGUAAUCGAUUCAAUAGUCCGUGCUUCAAAACAUCAACUUAAAGAAAAAGACACAUUUGGCCCACGGUUUAUGAAGCAGUUUGACAAGUUUUUGAUGCCGCUGUUAAAGUGUGGACAGAAAGAGAAAAUGAGAACAGUUAGAACUCUUAAUUUGUGGAUGUCCAAUAAAGUUUUCAAGGAAUCAGAGAUUCAACCACUGAGAGAGAUGUGCAAGGCUUCUGGAUUAACUAUCGAUUUCGAGGAAGUUGAGCUCGCCGUGAAGGGAAAACAGGCUGAUAUGAGCAUUUAUUCCGGAGUUUACAAGAAAAAGCCAAAAAGGUCUUCAUCAUCGUCUCAACCGAAAUCUCGUACUCCUACAAAUCCACAUCCGGAUGAUGGACUUCUCGGUGCUGGACCAUCAUCUGCUCUGAGAUCUGUCCCAGAUAUUCCGAACUUUGUGCUUUCUGAAGAUUACUUCCUUGGAACUAUUUCUGAGAGAGAAAUGUUGGAAUUGGUUCAGAAGUUCGGCAUAGAUCGCAGUGGAGUUUUAAGUAAGGACAAGAAUCUUCUCCAGAGAGCACUUCAAAUAUUCGCUGGAUCCUUGAGUCAAAAAGUAGAAGAAGUUCUAGCGGAGAAUAAUCGGAUUAAUGGAAGUAGUAUACAGAAUGUGUUAACAAAAGAUUUUGAAUACUCGGAUGAUGAAGAAGAGAAGGAAAAGGAACCACAACCAGAGAAACAGAAAAAUCUGCCACAUGCUCAAGUCCUGUUAUUGGCUCAAAGUUUGCUUACUCAACCUCAAAUACUCGCAAAACUCGCUGAAGUCUUGAUACCUCAAGGAAAUCCAUUUGGUCUUCCGUUCCCAGGCGAACAUAUUGUUCCAACAUCGUCAGCAGCUUUAACAUUGGGAGCUCCACCACCAAAUCUGAUGGCUCUUCAACAAUCUCUGCCGCCAGGUUUUCCAAAUCAACAGCUCGGACUUCCAAAUCUCUCAGGCCUCAACCAAGCCCAACUGAUGAAUGUUCAAAAUGCUCAGAAUAUGCUCCAACUGCAACAACGUGCUGCUCAACUUCAAGCUCUACAAGGAAAUCCAAAUGCUCAGCGAAAUCUUCUUAUGCUUGGAAAUCCAUUGCUUAAUCCAUUUGCUCUUCAACAUGGUGUUAAUCCAAUGUUAAAUGACCUCCAAGCCGCCGCAGCAGCUCAACAGCAAGCAAUGUUGAAUGAAGCCGCACAGAGUCCAGAGAAAAAAAUAUUGGAAUUAAGUGGUGGAAAUAGUGGAAUUAACAAUAGUGGAGAUGUGGAACGAGCUCGAUUAAGGGAAAAAGAGAAGGAAAGAGAGAGCAAAGAGAGAAGAAGAAUGGGAUUGCCACCUGUUAGAAUUGGAUUUACUAUUAUCGCCUCACGUACACUUUGGCUCAAGAAAAUCCCCACAAAUAUAGUUGAAAACGAUUUGAAGCAAGCCGUCGAAUCAUGUGGAGAAGCAUCUCGUGUUAAAGUUAUCGGAAAUCGUGCAUGCGCCUACAUCACAAUGGAAAAUCGAAGAUCUGCGAACGAUGUUGUUUCAAAAAUGCGUGAAGUUUCGGUCGCCAAGAAAAUGGUCAAAGUUUACUGGGCAAGAAGUCCUGGGAUGGAUUCAGAUCAAUUUUCUGAUUUAUGGGAUUCUAAUCGUGGAGUCUUGGAAAUCCCAUAUGAAAAACUUCCGCUGGAUUUAGUGGCACUUUGUGAAGGAGCUAUGUUGGAUAUUGAAUCUCUACCAAUUGAAAAGAAAUUGCUUUAUAAAGAAACCGGCGAAACAGUGAUUUCUAUACCACCACCAAAUAUUCAACCUCCAGUCCCACAUCCACCUCCAAUGGGUUUCCCAUUCCAACAUCAACUCACACAAUUACCCGGUCAACCAAGACCUGCAGGUCUUCCUCCAGGUGUUCCACCGAUGUUCAAUCUCAAUGCUCCACCACCACCCGGAAUUCCAGGAUAUCCACCGGCUCCACCACCGCCAGGAGUUGGUCCUCCACCACCACAGGGUAUUCCACCAAUGGGAUUCGAUCCAAAUAAGCCACCACCACCAAUGUUCCAACAAGGAUUCAACGCUGGCGCACCACCACCACCAUUUGGCCGUGGAGCUGGUCCAAUGAGCUCAUUCCCACCACCACCACGUGGCGGUAUGCAUCAUAUGCCACCACCACCAUCAUUCCGUGGUGGACGUGGAGGACACGGUGGUCCACCACCACCACAUUUUGAUAGACGAGGUGGUGGAGGUCCACCAUUCCGUCCGGAAAAUGGACGUGGACGUCUUUUGGAUCAAUCUGAAAUGUGGAAUCGUGAACAACGAGAGAUGCGCGGCGGCGGUGGUGCAGGAAGAGAUGGAGGAAGAGAACAUCGUGAUUAUGAUCGUGAUCGUUCUCAAAUUGAUCGUCGUAGACAAGAUGAUAUGGGAGCUAGGAGACGUUCUCGUUGGGGAGAUGAUGAUCGUCGUGAUGAUGACCGCCGUGAUGAUAGACGUGAUGAUCGUCGUGAAUCAAGACGCCGCUCUCCACGGUCUCCACGUUCCCCGGAUCGGCGUACAAGACGUUCUCCAAGCUAUGAAAGAGAGGAACCACCAGUCAAAAAAACUAGUGUCGAAGAAGAAACCGUAUCCUCUACAACCCUUGAUGAAUUGAAACCAUCAGUCGAACCGACUCCAGUUCCAGCACCAAUUCCAGCUCCAGCUCCAGAGCUUAAAGCUGCAGAAGAGCCAGUGAAAAUUGUUGCAGAACAUCAUGAAGAUCAGACUGAUGAGGUGCCGAUGGAUCUUGAAUAAGGAAUUAUAGAGAUAUUGAAUUGAAUACUUAAUAAUGUUUAAAAGCAUUGCAUCUACUUGAAUUUAAACAAUUUUUUUUUUUUAAACUUGUUUUACUCAAUUAGUCGAAAACUUCUUCUACUCCAUAACCUGUGUAUGUAAUUGAAUCUUCAUUUCCAUGAAUCUCUUGUUCUCCGGGACAUAUUGUUUAAUCCUGAUGCUUUCAAUUGUUUUUUGACUUUAUUGUAAGAUUUAAUUUUCAUGGCCCACUUACCCCUUUCUCGCUCGCCCUAAAUUCUUCGUUUUUUAUGAUCAUUUGUCUCCCUUAUGUACCCACAUUUUCUUUUUCUUUGUUUUUUUCUCUCUAUUUUAUUAAUAUGUCUCAAUGAACAAUAU